UGAAUCAAACAAGCGUCGCUCAGGUGUGAAUUCUGACACCUGCGCUGAAACUCCAGCAGCUGCACAACCUCUAACAAACCCAAAAGCAGCACCAGUGAAGGUCUGGAAGGAGGAUUUCCAAUGCUUCUCAAACCUCGUAAGGUGUUUAUAAUGGGAAGCAGCUCCGGAAAAGUCCUACCCGAGUCUUCCUCUUCCAAAAAGGGAUAUUUUUGCCUCUUCAACUCGGUUGUGAUCUUCAACAAACAAGAGUCUGAGGGUGAGAAGUGUGUGGAGAAACAACAAACCUGGCUUUGGAAGAAGAGAAGAGACGGAGGAGCUUCGGGAGAAGAGCUUCAUCUGGAGGAAAACAUUGAGAAUCGCAAUGCAAAGUUCCGUGCCAAGUUUGAUCCACGCGUCACUGCCAGAUAUGAGAUCCAGGCUCUGAUUGGUCGUGGCAGCUUCAGUCGAGUGGUUCGCGCCGAGCACAAACAAACUCGCCAACCCUUCGCCAUCAAACUCCUAGAUCUCAGAGCUCCGGCGGGUCUUGAAUCCUGCCAGGCGGAGCUCAGGGUCCUGCGACGAGUCAACCACCCCAACAUCAUCCGGCUGACGGAGGUCUUUCAAACCCUACACCGCGUCUACCUAGUCCUGGAGCUGGCCACGGGUGGAGAACUGCUGGAGCGGGUGCUUUCCCGAGGAACAUUCAGAGAACGGGAUGCAACCAAAGCCUUAUUGAUGGUAACCAGUGGCCUGGCGUACCUGCACAAUCUGGGGGUCAUCCAUAGAGACCUCAAACCUGAAAACCUGCUCUACUACCAUCCCGGACAGGACUCGCGGCUGAUCAUCACAGAUUUCGGGCUGGCGUGUUGGGAUAAGUCCGUACAGAGGGAUGAUCUGGAGUUGACUGCGGGAUUUGAGGAAAAAGGUUGGGCAUUGAGGACGCUCUGCGGGACGCCCGAGUACCUGGCGCCGGAGAUGUUGGCACGGAGAGGCUGUGGCAGAGCGGUGGACAUGUGGGCGCUGGGCAUCAUCACAUAUGUCCUGCUGAGCGGAUCAUUGCCCUUCGACCACAGCAGCCGAGCCAAACUCUUCAGGGCCAUUCUCAAGGGCUCUUACAGCUUCCAUGGGGAGCCAUGGCGGUCAGUCUCUGCUCUGGCUAAAGGCUUCAUCGAUGGGCUCCUGACUGUGGUCCCAGAGCAGCGUAUGAGCGCAGAAGAGGCUCUCCGUCACCCAUGGCUGGUCAAAAUGGCGGCCUGUUCCACCAACAAGAACCUGCAGCGCUCCAUAUCCAGAAACCUCCAGCGUUGGUCAUCCCGCGCCUCCUCCCGAUCCCCCAGCUCUGCUCCUGGAUCAAGGGCGUCCAGGAGCUCUGGCUCGCGUUUAGGCCUCCGAAAUGGCUCACAGUGCCAGAAGAACAACACUUUCAGUGAAGGUUUAGUUUGUUAG